UUUUAAAAAAUAUUAUUUUAAUACACUCGACCGCACCUCCCAAAAACCCCUUGACCCAUAAAACACGCAAUUUCAAUUCGGAAACGCCACCUCACCUCACCGGAGGGCUUCGCCGAAACUGGAGCAGUCGCCGGAAACUGGCCAUGUCAUCAUCCUUUGGCAGCUCCACCCAGCCGUUCGACGAAGACGGCGCCUUCGUCGGCUACGAUCCCCGGCUCCAGUCGCAGCGCUUCGACUCGUUCUCAAACUUCGACGCCGACUCAGUCAAGGACUCGGCUGGUGACUCGUCCCCGAUUUUCGGCGGUGGCUCGUACAGCGCCGGAGACGACGUGUUCUCUUCUCAGGCGGUGCCGGAGACUCCCUCCCCGCCGUCGAUCUACUCCGCCCCCAGCGGAUUCGAGGCGUUCUCUCCGGAGCAGAAUGGGGAGGGCGUGGACGGAAGUCUCGGCGCCUCCGGUGGCCCGAUCUUGCCUCCUCCGACGGAUAUGGCGGCGGAGGGGGGGUUUGCACUGAGAGAGUGGCGAAGGCAAAACGCGAUUCGAUUGGAGGAAAAGGAGAAGAAGGAGAAAGAAAUGCGUAUGCAGAUCAUAGAGGAAGCGAAAGAGUACAAAAUUGAGUUCUACAAAAAGCGCGAGGUUAAUGUUGAGAACAACAAGGCUUCUAACAGGGAAAGACAGAAGCUAUUUUUGGCAAGCCGGGAAAAGUUCCAUGCUGAAGCUGACAAAAACUACUGGAAGGCAAUUGGUGAACUUAUACCACAUGAAGUGCCUGCAAUAGAGAAAAGAGGGAAAAAGGAGAAAGAGAAAAAGCCAUCUAUUGUUGUAAUUCAGGGGCCAAAGCCAGGGAAGCCAACUGAGCUUUCAAGAAUGCGCCAGAUAUUACUGAAGCUCAAGCAUAAUCCCCCACCACAUAUGAAGCCCAAGCCUCCCCCAUCUUCAGAAACCAAAAAGGACGCUAAAACUGGACCCCCUGAUGGAGCUAGUACAAGUACUACGCCUCCCAGGGUUGUGCAUGUGGCAACUCCUGAGGCUGUUGCUGCAGCUUGAGGUUGAUGCUAUUUGCUGAAUCCAAAUGUGAAAAUUAGUUUGUCAAAUUUGUAAUGACCCAAGUCUGUGAGCAUCUUGUAUAGUUGUGUCUAGCAGUAUUUUAUGUAGAAAAUACCUGUAAUGGUUUUGAUUGCUUAGUAUUUUGGUAUGUUCUCCUUAGAGUUUAAUUUUGGCUGCGAUGUCCUGUUUGUGGCCUACCUAUAUUAUUAUUGCAGUAAAUAUGUUAUUAACGCGCACUGCUUUGUCCUUGAAUUUGGCAUCGUCUAAUAUUGGAUAAUUGAGACCCCUAAAAGCAAAAUUUUAGGGAUAUUUCUUC